UAUUUUUUUCGUUCCAAGAGGAGUGCAAGAACGAGUGAGAGAGGAGAAAACGAAGGAGACAAAGAUUAGUGCACAAAUCGACAACUCCAUGGAAGAAAAUCAGUCAAACAACCCAGCAGAUAAACCCCAAGAUACAAUUGCUCAAAAGAAACAUGCUGCGAUGAUUGAACGCCUCUCGAAUCUCCACCAAUCUCGUCUUCAACAAGCUGUCUCACGUAAGUCUGAUUCAAACGAUUUACCUGCUUUUGAAUCCACUAAAUCAUUUACAGAUCGAUUUUAUGAAUCUAAAAAAUCAAUCGAAACUGAAAUCAACCGAUGCCGUCUUGUUACUGAUUCAGAAUCAAAAGCUAAUCUGAAAUCCGAUCUUGACCAACUAUCGAUUUCGAUUUCUGAGCUUGAGAAACUAGUUGCAGAAAACUCAUACUUCUUGCCUUCUUAUGAAGUGCGGGCGUCUCUUAAAACUAUAUCUGAUUUGAAAGCAACAUUAGAGAGUGUUAAUUAUGAGUUAUUACCUAAGAAGAAAUUCUCAUUUAGGAAUAAAUCUACUGCUGCGAAGAAAGAUCAGGGUAAUGUGGUUACAAUUGAGAAUGAAAACAGUGGGUUUGAUUCGGUUUUAGCUGAAAAAUGUAGUAUUCAAGUUCGGGAUUCUCCUGGGUUUCGUAACAAAGAGGGAGUCAUUUUGGUGAAAAGCUUUGGGAGUUCAAAAGAAGGAGAUUUCACUCUCUCGGACUUAAAUUCGUGUGAGGUGAGGGUAACUGGUUGUUUUAGAGCACUUUACGUUCAUAGAUUGAGGAAUUGUCGUGUUUACGUAGGACCUGUUAUGGGGUCGAUUCUUAUUGAACAAGCUGAGGAUUGCUUGUUUAUGAUGGCGUCUCAUCAAAUGAGGAUUCAUCAUGCUAAGAAGACAGAUUUUUAUCUGCGGGUUCGGAGUAGACCAAUAAUUGAGGAUUGCAAUAGUGUGAGGUUUGCUCCUUAUUUGUUGCGUUAUGAAGGAAUUGAUAAAGACCUUAAAGAUUCAAGUCUUGAUGAAGAGACUGGAAAUUGGGCAAAUGUGGAUGAUUUCAAAUGGUUGAGAGCUGUGCAAUCGCCUAACUGGUCCAUCUUACCUGAGGAAGAACGUGUUAGUGCGGUGAAUAUUUCAAAUCUGGAAACACCAAGUGAUGACAUUUAGGAUUUUUUGCUAAUCCUGCUGACUAUGUAGCAAGGUGAGGAUUUCAGAACUUCAGAUGGCAAGUAGUUUGAAGGCAACUAAGAAACCUGGGUAUUUUUUAUUUUCAUUGUGUUAAGAAUUUUAAAGUUAAUCAAUAUUGGACACAGUUUGACGAUCUUUAACACAUAGAUGUGUUGUUUGAUGUAAUCUGUGUUUUAUACGCAAAUCUCAGUUCAAGCAAAAAAUGAAUUAAUA